CGUGGCUUGCUAGAGCUGGGGGCAGGGCUCGGGCAGGCCUCGGCCCGGUUGGUGAUGACUGGUCGCAUGACUGGCUUCCUCCCCCGCCCCGCCUGGACAGCAGGUUUAUCUUGUGACCGUGGCGGCCUUUUCCUUCUUGCUCGCGCUUGUACGGUGCUUGGCCGCGAUGCGUUUCCUGGCCGCUGCGCUCCUGCUCCUGGCACUCAGCGCCGCCGCCCUGGCCGAGCCGGUGUAUUUCAAGGACUGCGGUUCUGAGGUCGGAGUUAUAAAGGAACUAAAUGUGAGCCCAUGUCCCACUCAGCCCUGCCAACUGCACAAAGGACAGUCUUACAGUGUCAACGUGACCUUCAGCAGCAAAAUUCAGUCUCAAAAUAGCACAGCCUUGGUGUAUGGCAUUGUGUUUGGUUUUGAAGUUCCCUUUAUGAUUCCUGAACCUGAUGGUUGUAAGAGUGGAAUUAAGUGUCCCAUCCUAAAAGACCAGACUUACACCUACCUGAAUAAACUGCCAGUGAAGAGCGAAUACCCCUCUGUUAAAGUGGUGGUGAAGUGGGAACUUAAGGAUGACAAAAAAAAGUGUCUCUUCUGCUGGAAAAUCCCAAUAGAGAUCACCUCCUAGAGCUACCAACAGAUCUGUCUCGGGGGUGGGAGGGCAUGAGUGGGGGUGGGAGAAGAAUGGGAGGAGGAACAAGACUGAAGCUAAAUCGGUGCCAUAAAAUGAAAGGAAUGUCCAGAUUACUGUUUUCUGCCUCUCAACCUCCCAAAGCAUCUACAACCCUGUUACCUGAGACCUCAGAACUGUUUCCCUUAGUAUACCAUUUGAAAAAAGGUUGAAGGAAGGAGCGAGAAUGAGCCUGUAGGACUAGGGAUUGAUUGUCAUCUUCAGGGUUUUUUGCAGUUGGAAUGGGGGGGGCCCAACUAGAUAGGAUCUGAGAGAGGUUGCUUAGGGAUAUCGGAUAACCUGCCCUAGACUUGUCUGUCGGCCCUCACAGUGGAGGGGGCAGUCCAAACCACAAGUUCCUCAUCUUCAAGUGCCUCACUGAGCUCACCGCAUCUGGCCAACGAGUCUGCUGACCCCUGAGAGCACCUCCAGCCCCAUUGCUUCAACCGUACAGACUUCCUCUCCACUAGUAUCCAGUGUUUCAUUGAAGGCAAAGUGUUCUACGACAGAAAUUCAACUCUGAACGUCCAGUUCUCUGUCUCCUUUUCUGUCUUAGGUGACUUUAUUAAAUGCAACACUUGUUUAGCAGAUGUUUGAUUUUUUUAACAACAUUAACUUGUGGCCUCUUUAUGCACCUAAAAAUGUGCCGGUAAAUAAAAACUUGUCAGGCGUA